UUUUAUAACAGGUGUAGAACUGUAAAAAAAAGGGGAAGAAAAUUAAGAAACUUUGCCAGAAGAUCCAAGGAAUUCUACUCUGGUUUUUCUCAAAUUGAUUCUCUGAUUCCCCACAGGUGGGGUCAGAGGAUCAUCUUGUCACCUACCCAUCAUUUUCUUUACAAAAUUUCACACACAUAUAGACACUUCAUAUAUAUGGAGUCUGUUGAAAAUUCAAAAAACUAUUUCAUGGAUUCAAGUAUAUAUCUUUGAUAUAAAGCAGACUUGAGGAAUCGCAAAAAGGGUGGGUCUGUUUUUGAUUAUCUUGAAAUGGGUAUCCCACAAUCAGAAGGGAAAAUGGAGGGUUGGCUUUAUCUCAUUCGCUUCAAUCGAUUUGGGUUGCAAUAUUCACGUAAAAGGUACUUCAUUCUCGAAGAUAACUGUCUCAAGAGCUUCAAAUCAAUACCCAAUUCCGAUAAUGAGGAGCCCUUAAGAAGUGCGAUCAUUGACUCCUGCAUUCGGGUUACAGACAAUGGAAGAGAAAGCUUUCAUAGGAAAGUGUUUUUCAUCUUCACCCUUUGUAAUACUUCUAAUCACAAUGAUCAGCUCAAGUUUGGAGCAAGUAGUCCAGAAGAAGCAGCAAGUUGGAUCCGUUCUUUACAAGACGCUGCGCUAAAUCCAACAAAUAAUUUUGUGGCCUGUUCUAAAAGAAAAUGGCAGCCUUUUAGAUUGACUGUUUCAAAGUCCCAUAAAAACUCUGUAGACUGGACUUGUGCCUCAUCCAUGCAUAUGGCUGCAAUGACAUCCGAUGUAAUUGCACCUUCACCAUGGAAAAUUUUCGGUAUUCAAAAUGGGUUACGGCUAUUCAAAGAAGCAAAAGAAAGGGAUCCUGGUGGGAGGCAUUGGCAUGAUCAUCCAGCAAUAAUGGCAGUUGGUGUGGUUGAUGGAACUUCAGAGGCUGUUUUUCGCACUCUUAUGUCUCUUGGUGCUUCAAGAUCAGAAUGGGACUUCUGUUUCCACCGUGCCAGCGUGGUUGAGCACCUUGAUGGCCAUACAGAUAUUGUUCACAUGCAGUUCUGCAAUGAUUGGCUUCCAUGGGGGAUGAAAAGAAGAGAUUUGCUCAUGCGACGUUAUUGGAGAAGGGAGGACGAUGGCACAUAUGUAAUUCUAUUCCAUUCUGUGUAUAACAGAAAGUGCCCACCACAGAGUGGCUAUGUCCGUGCUUGCCUUAAAAGUGGAGGAUAUGUCAUCACUCCCGUAAACCAAGGAAAAGAGUCAGUUGUAAAACACAUGCUUGCCAUUGACUGGAGGUUCUGGAAAUCCUAUAUAAGGAAAGCUUCUUCGAGAUCCAUAACUAUCAGUAUGCUUGGUAGAGUUGCAGCUUUGAGGGAGCUGUUUAGAGCGAAAGCAGGAAACUAUUCGUCCUCGGAAUUCUCAUACGUGGAAAUUACGAAAGAUAUUAGAUUUCCUCAAAGCGAAAUAGGGGAUACCAAAACAGAAGUUAAAAUCUCUGGAGAUCUAAUAAAGAUAGAGGAUGAUAAAGUAGAACACGAGGUAGAAAAUGUACUUUCUGGGACUUCAAGUCUGAUGGGACUGAAUGAUGCAGCUGAUGAGUUCUUUGAUGUUCCCGAACCAUUGGAUGACGACCACUUGGAGAAUUAUUGGCCUUCUAAUAUGAGUCCACAGUUGCACUAUCAGGAUAAAUACCACCCUAAAGUGUCAUCGGCUGCUGGUUUUGUGAAGAAGUUACAUGGUCUUGCUGUUCCGAAGAAGGGUUAUAUGGAUUUGCAAGAAGCGAAUUGGGAAGAAAAUGUAUCGUGUUACCAUGGGGCCACUCUGGCAAAAGAUCCCAGUUGUAAUUUGCCUUGCAGUUGGACAACUGGCGAUCCUUCAUUAUUUCUAAUUCGAGGAGAGACUUAUCUACAAGACAAUCAGAAGAUUAAGGCCAAAGGCACGUUGAUGCAAAUGGUUGCUGCUGAUUGGCUCAGAUCUCACAAACAUGAAGAUGAUCUUGGUAGCCGUCCUGGAGGCAUUGUUCAGAAAUAUGCAGCACAGGGUGGACCGGAGUUCUUCUUCAUCGUUAACAUACAGAUUCCGGGUUCAACUGCUUAUGGUCUAGCACUAUAUUUCAUGACGAAAACUCCUUUGGAAGAAACUCCUAUACUAGAGCGCUUUGUUAAUGGAGACAACGCCUAUAGGAAUUCGAGGUUUAAGCUCAUACCGUAUAUUUCUAAGGGGUCGUGGUUAGUAAAGCAGAGUGUGGGGAAGAAAGCUUGCUUGGUAGGUAAAGCACUAGAAACACAUUAUCAUCAGGGAAAGAACUACUUGGAGGUUGGGGUCGAUGUGGGGUCAUCAACAGUGGCAAGGGGCGUAGUCAGUCUUGUUCUUGGGUACCUAAACAAUCUUGUUAUAGAAAUGGCAUUUUUAAUACAGGCUAACACACAGGAGGAGCUCCCAGAAUGUCUCCUCGGAACGUGUCGACUUAAUCAUCUGGAUAUUGCCAAGACAGUUGUAGUAACACCUUGAUUAUCAUCAACCUCCCAGAUUCUACAUUUAACUUGUGGGUUUGCACUGGGCAGUAGAUUAUCGAAAAUCCAGUAAAAGAACAGAUUUUGUGGCUAGAACAAUCAAACGAUUCUCAUGAAUACUCACAUUAACGUAUAGGGUUCGAUCAAGACGAAGACAACAAAUAUGCAGUGUCUAAAUUUUUUGGGUGGGGCAAUUCAAUUUGUGAAGUUCUCUCUUCUCUCUCAAUCAUGGCUCUACAUUUUGGUAUAGUUUUUGUCAUUUAUGGCACAAAUUAUUAUUAUUAUUGUUAUAUAAACCGAACUAAAAGCAAAAUAAGCUUGAAGUCCCAUCAAAUGGGGUAUUAUUAUUGUUAUAUAAUUAAAAUAUUUAGCAAAGCAGCAUUUUGUUACACUGCUGGAAGUUUUGUCAUCAAUGUUUAUGUAAGCAGAAUGCAAAUUAAAUUUUUGAAAAAUAAAUUUGAGUAGCAGAUCAAUUGGAAAUUCA